AUGACAACAAAUAACCAUUUCUUUGGCUACACGUCGGGUCGUUGGCUAUAUAAUGAGCAGCAACAAUUGGAAAAGCGAUAUGUUGAGUUUAAUGUCCCAAAUUUGCAGAAGACCGUUGGUCAAAUAGUCGGGAGUCAGUGUAUCCAAAUGACUAAAAUGCCUGAGGGGCUUUACAACAAAGUGUUCUCUUUGAAAAUGGAGAAUGGCAGGGAGGUUCUGGCGAGAAUUCCAAAUCCGAAUGCUGGCCAUCCCCGUUAUGUUGUGGCUAGUGAAGUUGCAACUCUCGAUUAUCUUCGCAACGUUCUCGAUAUCCCAGUCCCCAGAGUACUUUCGUGGAGCAACCCGUCACAGCAUAACCCAGUGGGUGCCGAGUAUAUACUGAUGGAAAGGGUGAAAGGGCGUCAGUUAAGUGAGGUCUGGGAUAACAUGUCGGAAGCUGAACGCUUUGGUCUGGUGAAGAGCUUGGUGGGAAUUGAGCAGAAACUGGCGAGUUCAAGGUUUGCUGUUCAUGGCAGCUUGUACUAUAAGGAUACAUACCCGCACAGCACGACCUUUGUUGACCCAGUUGAAGUGGAACGAGGGAAUCCGUCGAAUUUUGUUAUUGGCCCGAUAACUCAGCGUUCCUUUUGGGAAGAUGAAAAAGCAAGAGCUAGAUAUCGAUCGAGGCCCUUAUCCAGCGAUAUGUCUGUACCUUCGGCAACAACAUCACCGAAACGUAAUAUGCAUGCAGUCUACGCCGCGCCACUCUUCUUACAGGCAAAGUUUCCUUCAAUAUUUGAUUGCGACGAUCCAUAUCCAUGGGGUGCUGUUCAGCCUAAGUUACCAGAAGGGUUUGAUACUCUUUCACAACUAGAAAAGCAGGUAGCCGAAGACAAGCUUGAGAGGCUUAGAUUGAAAAAGUUCUACGAACUGGCUUCAAGAAAAUUCAACCCGACUCUCAUUAGAGCCAUGGAUACCAUGAGGAACGAUGAUGAUCCUACAUCCUUUAUAUUCCACAUUGUCGGGCGGUCCUCCCUAGACGGUCCAAUUCCACUCAAAGAACUUCUGAUACAGAUAUAUGAGAAAUGGGGCCGAAUAAUGGAGCGGAAGGGUUUAACGAUACCUUGUCCUAUCUCGUUCUCAGAUGACGAGAUCAGUAGAACUCGACAGCAGGUAAACGUAUGGGCAAAGGUAUAUGGUGACUUUGAAAGUCUGCGAACAAAGCUCGUUAGCGAUGAUGGCUGGGUCUCACAUGAGCUAUUUACGCUCGCCUACCUCCGCGCGGGCCAGGCUACGAAAUUCCCCGACCUGAGUGUUGCUCUGCUCUCAGUCCGAACAGCUGCAAACGCUCUCGCUCCUGAUAUCCACCUACCGAUCCUUUCUUGCGAUCUCACUCCCAAAUUACUGCUCUAUCCGACGAAACGAUUGCGUAGACCGAAGGAACUCGUCCAGCUCACAGUCAAAAUGGAUCUUUCUAAUAUCUUUCGACUUGUCAACAUCGCCGUUGGCGUGAUUAUGGUUUUGGGCGGUAUCUCCCAAUUCUUCCCUCCGUCCAUGAGCUCCAUCAUCGUUGGUGCAUAUGUGAUUAUCUUUGGUCUCCUUGUCGCUGGGCUGGAAUUCCUGCCCAACGUCCCGGAUUAUGUCUACCGCUAUGCUUCUUUCCUGUUCUCCUUCCUUGGCCGCGGUAUCUUCUAUAUCUUCGUUGGUUCGAUCCUGCUGCACGACCACGUGUUGCGCUACAUCGCUGGCUCUAUCGUCGGAUUCAUCGGCCUGGGUUACUUGGCCCUGGAGUUCAUCCCCUCGAUUGAACCCCCCUCGAACAUGCGCGAGAGCGACCAGGGCUGGGGUGCCGAGCAGGUUUAAAUGCGGCCGAUAAACGUUUGGUCCGGUGACGGGGCAGUAGCAUAGCGUACGGUUUAGAUCGGCUUACGCCGAUUGAUAUUCGCCAUGUAGCCCCACGGAUGCACGAAGCGCAAUGCACCGCGAAUAGAUAUGGAGUGGUGGAAGCAAGGAGAAAGAGGCGAAAAAAAGUUCUCUUUCUAGGUGAUGUGCGACGAUCGACGAGUGCGACGAAUAUCUAUGCGACGACUCAAUGGAUUCGCGAUCUGCAAAGAUAGUGAGAUAUACUUAUGCAGACGAGUUCGCCAUGUGGAUUAUGGCUAUUUGUCUGUCUGUGGGAGUGGAUUCAUGGAUAAUUUUUUUUUCUUUCUCAAGUCCGAUUUUGGACGGACAGAUUUAUACUUUGCUUUUCCUGUGCCCUGUGGACCUUGUACUAUAGGUGGUUUGUCGUAUUUCUUUCUGAUAUUUAAACUUUUGGAGACAUCAGAUAACUUGAUUGCGUGGCUCUGAGUAAGCUCUGGUCUUUUACCAUCGCGCUGUCUGCGUAAGACGCUGAUUUUUUCAA